GUCCCUCAACGUAGUAAGACGUCACGACGCAAGUGAACGCCCUUCAUGACGCCACGACGCUAGGAGGUCGCGACGUGGAAAACAUGGAGGCGAUGGAGUUGGUAGAUUAAAACUUCCACUCGCUCUGAAAUUCCUCCGCAAUUGAAUCCUAUACGUUUUUAAUAUACCCCCAGAUAGUAGCCAUUAGUAGCUUUAACUAGCAUCACGCCGGGUGGACUUAUUUUGCCUUUACACUCGCGAAGAGAGCCUCGGAAGCUGCUAGGAGCGUUUGUGACAGGUGUUAGCCUAUGUCACCCAAACAAGCAGUAAGGCAGCGGUGAGUCUGGACUCUGGAGAUGGGAGCAAACACCAGCCAGCUCAGUGACCUGCCCGACAACCCCAGUCUUAAGGCUCUGGUGGGCACUGAGUCCAUAUCGCAGAAUGACCCUUUCUGGAACCAGCUCAUCUCCUUUACCGUCAUUAGUCCCACCAGCAGUGGGGACUCAAAGUUGCUUGACGAGGCUGUGUUACCACUGGCUAAGCUCCUAAUUGAAAACAAUCCCAGAACUGGAAACUUUGGUGCGCUGGUUAGAAUCUUCCUUGGACGAACCAAAGAGCUGAAAAUCUCCACAGAAUGCCAAGAUCAGCUGUUCAUCUGGCAGGCCCACAACGCUCUCUUCAUGAUCCGCUGCCUGCUCAAAGUACUCAUCCGGGAGAUAACUGAGCAGGAGCUGCACUUGCAGUUCACCUACCAAGAGAGGGCGCUAGGUUCUUGUGGAGGAGCCAGCCACGAGGACCUCCUCGAGGAGCUCUUAUCCAACUUGGUGCACCUGAUCGUUGAAGUGCCGCUGCUUGACAUCACCUACAGCAUUCUGUUUGAAGCUGUCACCACCCUUCUGGUGUUCUUCUCCUACCAGUUGUUCUGCAAGGACAUCCUCAGAGAUGGUUUGAUCUACCGGCAUGUCAUGAAGGGACGAUGUUUGUCACUGACUAGUCGUCUGGUGAAGACACUGCUCUAUAACUUCAUCAGGCAGGAAAAAUGUCCGCCCCCAGCAACACACAUCUUUGAGCCCAAAGCAGAGAGCGGCCUUCUUUAUGGCCUGGCAUCUGGCGUUGCAAGUGGUUUAUGGAGUGUUUUCACCUUGGGUGGAGGAGGCAGCAAAGCAGGGGUGGACCUGGAGAACAACCCUUUACCGUUAUCCAAUCAGAGCCUCCUGUUACUGCUGGUCCUAGCCAAUUUGACUGACGGACCUGACUGUCCAAACCCCUACCGCCAGGCGAUUACCGGUUUCAGAAACACACAAGACACAUCAUCCAUUUCCACGGAGCAAGUACACACGUUCCAGAUCAAUUUCAACAGCCUGUACACCGCACUGUGCGAGCAGCAGUGCUCUGACCAGGCCACGCUCCUGCUCUACACGCUGCUCCACCAGAAUGCCAACAUGAGGACUUACAUGCUCUCCAGAACAGACAUGGAUAAUCUGGUGUUGCCCAUCCUGGAGAUCCUUUAUCAUGUUGAGGAGAGAAACUCCCACCAUGUCUAUAUGGCGCUCAUCAUCCUCCUCAUCCUCACAGAAGAUGAUGCCUUCAACCGCUCCGUCCAUGAAGUGGUCUUAAAGAACGUAACGUGGUACACAGAGAGGUCGUUGACCGAGAUCUCCCUAGGGAGCUUGCUCAUCCUGGUGGUGAUCCGAACUAUUCAGUUUAACAUGACCCGCAUGAGGGACAAAUACCUCCACACCAACUGUUUGGCCGCACUUGCUAACAUGUCUGCCCAGUUCCGAUGUCUCCACCAGUACGCUGCCCAGCGUAUCAUCAGUCUAUUUGCUUUGCUUUCCAAGAAGCACAACAAGGUACUGGAGCAGGCAACGCAGAGUCUGAGAGGCAGAGAGGAGGACAACAUGGUCCUACCCGACUAUGCACAGGAUCUGAAUGUGAUUGAGGAAGUGAUCCGCAUGAUGCUGGAGAUCAUCAACUCUUGCCUUUGCAACUCGCUGCACCACAACCCCAACCUGGUGUACGCACUGCUCUACAAGCGGGAGCUCUUUGAGCAGUUCAGGAUGCACCCAUCAUUCCAGGACAUAAUGCAGAACCUGGACACGGUGAUCACAUUCUUCAGCCAGCGUCUGGAGCAGGCGGGAAGUGACUUAUCUGUUGAGAGGGUCCAGGAGGUGAUCAUGAAAGGAGCCCAAGCGCUCCCUACAGACAGGCUGAAGAAGUUUCCAGAGCUGAAAUUCAAGUAUGUGGAGGAGGACCAGCCCGAGGACUUCUUCAUCCCGUACGUCUGGUCGCUGGUCUUCAAUUCGGGAGUGGGCCUCCACUGGAGCCCGCAUGGCAUCGAGCUCUUCAGCAUGGACUCUGGCUGAGUGUGUAUCCCUUAGUAGAGACUGACACUUUGUACAAGUGUGUGUCUGUGUAAAGAGUGGGUGAUGCUUUUUAUAGGACAUUGCUUUGGAAGUGCCUCGACCUUGUGUUAAGCGGCGUCGCAGCGCAACCUCAUUUUGUUGUAAACCAAAACAAUCCCUCUGGCUUCUUCACUGGGAAUCUUCCGGGGGGCUUGACCUGCUUCCACAGUAAUGCUAAAGGUUCCCAAAGCUUAAGCUUGCGUUGGUGGCAGUGGGGGGCACUGCAGAGACCAGUAACAGAUAAUAAUCCUGGUUGUUUUUUCUUCUUUAAAAAAGGUCAUAUAAGACAUGCACAGAGGACUUAACACUCUGAAUAACUCAUUUACAGAUGCACUGAAUGGCAAAACUAUACACCAGGGAUUUCAUGAAUAUUCUGUAAAAUGCUCACUUUUAAUGGUAAGUUAGCUUUUUAUUCGCGCCUGUGUCGCUGCUGAAAGAGCAUUAGGGCCACAGUGAACAACUAAACGUGACUACAAGAAUAAUAUCAAAGUGUGUUUGUAGAACAAGAUGAGUUAUCUUUUUUUACAGGAAAAAUAGUUUGGUUUUUCUUCAUGAAUAUUGUUCCCCCACUAUUUGCAGAGGAUAGGGACUGAGCCCUGGCACGAAUGACAAAAAUCUACAGGUAAUGGACCCCUCCCUCCUUUUUUUUUUUUUUUUUUUUUUAAAUCAGUGAAUAAACAGUAUGUGAACUUGAAACUGCAAAUAUGCUUGAGGGCAUAACAGUACAGCUAUGAACACAUACUUGUAUUAAGUUAACACUCAUAAAUUACACUCCCCCCCCCGCCUUGCAAAAUAUGCUUUAUUUUCCUUACUUUGUCUAUCAAAUUCCAGAUAUUACAAGAAAAUGCUACAAAGUCAAAACAUUACAAGAGGAAUUAAAGUGUGAAAAAAACAUGGUAAAUGUUACUUUUUAUGAGAAUCAAAGUUUUAAUUAAAUGAGCAUUAACUUACUCCAUGAGUAGAUGGAUAAUAUGACUAUCAACAUAAAACUUAAUUGUCUAGACUGCAGUUCUACUCUUGAAAUGUUACGGGUUUUGUUGGUAGUUUAAUACUUCAUUUUUGUCAUGACAACUCAUAAAAUAUUGUCAAGACUACAAGAAAUCUAAAUAUUGCUAGAAUAAAGUUGAAGUAUUUCGAGAAUUGCCUUUUAUCGUUAAUAGAUGCACAGUGUUUUGACCAUGAACGCAAGUUUUCAAAAAAAACAAGUGGCUUUACUUUUACUCUUCCAUUUAUUUCAUGACAAAAAUAUGAAUAUGAAAUAAUGGGUAAAAUAUUACAAGAAUGAUUUCAUAAUAUACUGUAAAAACUGUUCUUAAAAAAAGUCCUAAACAAACUUUCUGAAAAUAGAUACCAUACUACAUGAAUGGGAAUAUCAGCUAAAUUCAAUUUUAACAAACUAAAAUACUUUUGAGUUAUUUCUAUUAUUAUUACAGUUCCUCAUAAGACAGUGUCUUUUGAAAAAUAUAGAUCACAUUAUUUUUAAAAAUACUUUAUGAAUUUGAGAAUCCAAGAUGUGAGAAAGUUGAAAUAUAACUAAUAUGAGAAUACAUUUUUAAAAAUGAACUUAAAAAAUACUAUCUCCAUACUCUAACUCUUGAAUGACUUAUUUUUCUUUGUAAUUUUUAAUGGUUUUCUUUGAUUUUCCCCUUAUUCUUCUCUGUAUUGCGUGAAUGUCUUUGAUCUUUAAAAAUAAGAAAUUAUACAACCCAGUGCAAGCCAAGGUAAUUGACCUUUGAUUUAAGUUGCAUUACAGUAGCAGGUUACUUUCACUUCACAUUGUCGCUUUUUAUGCAUGUUUGGCAUUUGCAUUAUUUAUUUUCUGUUUUUA